AUGGAGUUUAUAACCCCUCUCAACGUCCUGCUCAGUACGGCUGGCGUUGUCCUCAACCUAGCUAACAUUACAGUCUUUCUGAGACAGGACUGGAGAACUAACAACGUCACGCUGACAUUACUGUCACUGUCAAUCACUGACUUCCUCAUUGUACUCACCUGUCUGAUAUUCGACCUAUUAAGCAUCUUCCAGACAGCAUUGCCAACAAGUACAGUCGAUUUUGCUGCUGUCCAGUACUACAUUUACUACAUUGUAGUUUGGAGUAUCGCCAUGUUCUCGGACAUCUCUAGCCUGACCACUGUCCUUGUAUCGCUGGAGCGAUGUCUGUGCAUUAUCAUGCCGCUCCACGUCCAGUCUCUCUUCUCUGUCAAGAGGACAUUGACCGUCCUUCCGUGUCUGUGGAUGUUCAUAUUGUUUACUUAUUCGGUUCCCUUCUCCACAGUGGCCUUAAAUUGGACCUACAAUCCAAGCUUCAACAACAGCAGACUGACUGUGUCCCUCUCCAAAGAAAGAAUGACAGUUGAAACGAUUCAUAAUAUCUCCAACACGAUACUGCUCCAAACAUUCUAUGAAAUGGCAGUCGCCAUUAACACCGUUGUCAUGGUGAUUGGCCUCAAGCGGUCAUCAAACUUUCAGAGAAAGUCCACCAAUAUUUCCUCUGGCCAUCACAGCAACCUUGCAUCCUCUCCCAAGUACAAAAGACUUGUGACCGUGGUGUGUUGUAUAUCUAGUAUAUUCAUCGCCUGCAACACACCCACUGUUGUGUUUAUUUACUGUAAACAUUUCGUGCCCGGCUUCUCCUAUGCCGGCGACUACAAGGUCUAUUACGUGGCUGGCAUGUAUGUAAUAUUUCUCCUCUACUCUGUGAACGCAUCCGUCAACUUUUUCGUUUACUUUUCCCUCAACCGUCGUUUCAGGGACACCUUGGUGGAGAUAGUUAGAGGACCCGUCUGCCGUCUUGGUUCGACUAAAGAAGGUUAA